UUUAGCAUUUUUGACUUCAUAAUCAGCAUAACCUGGUUUACAAGGACAAGAAUUACCAACCUGAAUUCUAUUUGAAGUGAUUUCAUCUGGACAUAAGGUACAAUCAUUACUUGUUGGACCAGAACAAUUUACACAUGAUGUAUCGCAUACUUAAUUAUUAUUCAGUAUAUUUACCAAUACAUGUCACACUUCCAUCUCCAGGUUCACAUGAACCAGGUUUGCAAAUGCAUUAUUGAUCAACUAAUAUUCUAUUUGUUUCAGGUGCACAUGAGGUACAUGAAAAAAAAUUGCCUGAUUCACAAUCUGAACAAUAACCCUCAGAACACU